CAAGUGCUGCGCUCCGCCCGCCCGCGAGGGGGCGCCGGACGGUCCGCGCCACCGAGUGGGCGGACUCGCGUGGUGGGCGGGAAGCGGGAAGCGGAAGAGCGCGUGCGUGCGGAGCGGGGCUCGGCGGCAGGAGUUCCGCACCAUCCAGACCUUCUCAGGAGCCUACGUACACACGCUGCGGGCAGCGCUGCCCGAAGCCGAGCUGCUGCGGAGCUUGGGCCGGCUGGGCUACGUGCGGCUGGACGAGCGCCGCCUCGCCGUCUCCCGGCUGCCACCGGGCACCGAGCUGGCUGCUGCUGCCUGCGGCUUCCUUGCCUGCCGGCUGGAGUGUGAGAUCCUGGCCGACGUGCUGCUGCGGCUGCAGCCGCGCCUGCCGCGCGCCGAGGAGCUGCUGGGUGCGCGCCGCGCCACCAGGGACGCGGAGGCCUGCGUGGUGAUGCUGCGAGAAGGCUGCGAGGACGGCAGGGAUCCCUACCGGGACAUACCAGACAGCCCCGAGGAUCUCUAUUUCGAGAGGCCGGACAGCCCCGAGGAUGGCGGGGAGCGAGACAUCAGUCCCCCAGCGCUGAGCUCCAAGCUGCAGCAGGACCCCGUGGGGCUGCAGGGUGCACGGGACGUGCUCAGGAGUAGCUGGGACCUCUGUGAACGUAGUGAGCGCGGGCAGGAGCCGCUCCCCUCCGCAGGUGUCCCUAAGCCGGACGCAUCCUCCUCCUCCUCCUCUCGCUUCUUCCUGGAGCAGCAGCAGAGGGAGGUGGGCAGCGGCCCCCCGUUGCUCUGCCCUGUGCUGCUGCCCCCCGGGGAGCCCCCCCCAAGCAGCCAUGCCGGGGUUCUGCCACCUGCUGCCCCACAGCAAGUACCUGAGCUUCCUUCCUACCAGCUGCACUCAUGCCUGCGGCAGGGCACGCUGCCUGCCUACUGCUGCACCACCUGCCAGCAGCUGCAUGCCGGGACCUGCGCGGCCGGGCUGGCUUGCCGCAGCCGGCACCGUGGGCAGGAGCUGCGCUGUGAGCGGCAGCAGCGCCUCUGGCUGCAGCGCACGGAGGUGGACAUGCUGCUGGCUGACAGCACCAACCCCCGGCCCUAGCGUGGCACUUCAGCUUGAAGGGACGCUGCUUCUGCUGCUUGCCCCUUGGCCUGAGGGACACUGAACUCAGUCCCACGCUCCUACCAAGCCCUCAGAUGUAGCAGGGCAGUGCAGGGAGGUGAGAGCUGCGAGGACUGGUCCCUGCUCUGGUUCCUCCUGUAAAUGGCUCGCUGCAUCCCAGUAAAGCGUGGCUGCCUCAUGA